AUGGAAAUAGCCCUGUUUCUCCUCCUCUUUGGGGGCUCCUGGGCUCAGGAGGUGGCUUCAGAGUCUUGGGGAACUACAACAUCCUUGCAGACGUCUAUUUCUCUGGAUACCACCUCAAAUACCCUUGAGACCCUGAACCACAACUCAAUGACUUCCAAUCCUAUGAAGAUUUACAGCACCAGGGACCAGAUUUCAACGUUACCUUCCUCAAGUUCCUUUAUAGCCAAUGAAGAAGUAACUUCUCUUGGGACUUCUGUUAGUACCAACACUGUCCCCACUGCACCUGAGCCAACAGCCUACCAAGAAGUUUCCAGCAAGAAUGUGUCAGUGCUCCUGGACACCUUUAAUGCAACCAGUGACCCUGCUGUCCUCAGAUCAAUGAACUCUCUGGGGUCCCACACUGAGCCCAGUGGAACUACAACUAGCUCUCUGGGGACCUUCUAUAGGACUAGUGGACCCCCUGUCACCAUGACAACCAGCUCGCUGGAGACCUCCAGUGUGACCAGUGGACCCCCUGUCACCAAGACUACUAGCUCACUGGAGACCUCCAAUGUGACCAGUGGACACCCUGUCACCAAGACAACUGGAACUCUGGAGGUCUCUAGCAUGAAAAUAUCCACCAUGGUCACCUCAGAGGCCUCAACAAACUCAACCACCAGAUUCUCCUCACAUUCAGAUCAAGGGAAAAAUGGCACCCUGCUAGUAGCUGUGCUUGUGGCCCUACUGGUGGUCAUUGUCCUCGUGGCACUGCUGCUGCUGUGGCGUCGGCGGCAGAAGAAGCGGACAGGGGCCCUGACGCUAAGCGGGAAUGGAAAGCGUCAUAGGGUGGUAGAUGCCUGGGCCGGGCCGGCCCGGGUGCCCGAUGAGGAGGCAGUGACAGCAACAGCUGGAGGGUCUGGGGGCAACAAGGGCUCUGGGGGCCAUGAUGGGGAGGGAUCUGGUCGGCAGCCCACGCUCACUACCUUCUUUGGGAGAAAGAAGUCUCACCAGGGCUCCUUGGCAUUGGAAGAGCUGGAGGCUGGGUCAGCUCCUAGCCCAAAAGGGGAGGAAGAGCCGCUGGUGGGCAGUGAAGGUGGGACUGUGGAGGCUCCCACUUGUGAUGGGGUGGAGGUGAGAGACAGGAAUGCCUCUCAAUGCUUAUGA